GUAAAGUAAAUGUAUUUUUGAGUCAAAAAAAAUACAAACAAUUAAAACAUUAAAACAAACCGCGAAUUGAGUCCACGAUUUGCGGCCAACACUUCCGCUUAAGACCAACCCUUCGGACGCCUAUCCAGUGGUGAGUGAGAGAGUGAGCGGACAUCGGAAGCGGUUAAACAACACACACCGGAAGCGAUGCCACCGAAGACAGCGAAGAAACCGCAGACAAAACGCAAGGGAAAGGCCGGAGAGGCGGCGAAGAAGCGCAAGAAGAGGGACUCCUUCUCCUCCUCUGGCGAUGACUUUGAUUCCGAUGACAACAAUAAAGACAAUCCCUUCAAGAAUAACAACCAUAACAACAGUCACGUCGACGAAGACAACGGGACGGACGCCACCGGCGAGCAGGACAUCGCCCUUCAGCCCAAACUGCCCGAACUCGUCGGUCGACUACUGGUCUGCGGCGGAACCAAUUGGGAUCUCAUCGGACGCAAAGAGUUGCCCAAAGCGGCCAAAACUGCCGCACAACAGGCGCCCGGCAAGAAUCUGUGGUCACCGCAUAAGACCCCAUAUCGGGUGCGAGCGUUGGUCUCUUCGUGUACGGCGUGUCACUCAAUGAUAAUCACCGAAGAGGGCAAAGUGAUGACGUGGGGCCGCAACGAUAAGGGCCAGUUAGGCCACGGAGACGUGAAGACACGCAACGAGCCCACUGUCGUGGACGGGUUGGCCAGCCAUCAGAUCGUGGGCGGCGCUGUCGGCCGAUCGCACACACUGUUCCUCACGUCUAAGGGACAAGUGUUCGCUUGCGGUGACAAUAAGAUGGGACAGUUGGGUAUCGGCUCACAGAGCCAGUCGGUCAUGACUCCCACGAGGGUGUUAUAUAAGGGAAAGCCAGUGGCGAAGAUGUCGUGCGGCGCGGAGUUCAGCAUGAUUUUGGACGCCGUCGGCAAUCUAUACUCAUUUGGAUCUCCAGAAUACGGACAAUUAGGGCACAAUAGCGAAGGCAAGUACUUCGCGUCGGGCAAUAAGCUCGCCUACAGGUGUGAACUGACGCCCAGAAAACUGGUCUUCUUUAUCGAGAAGACACGCGAAGGACAUAUACUACCGCUCGAAGACGUGUCCAUUUUGGACGUGACGUGUGGUGUGAAUCACUCGCUGGCCAUCGACCGCAAGAAGAGGUGCUUUUCGUGGGGUUUCGGCGGUUACGGCCGGUUAGGACACACAGAGACAAAGGACGAGUUGAUGCCGAGGAAUAUAAAGACAUUUGAUUCGCUGAAUCGCGGCGUGAAGAGCAUCUUCAGCGGCGGCACGUUCUCGAUGGCGAUCGAUGAGAACGGUUUGCUGUACUUCUGGGGUCAGAACAAGUCGUCCGGUGAGGCGACUAUGUAUCCGAAGAACGUGCAGGACUUGAACGGCUGGAAUGUGCGGUCAAUCGGUUGCGCCAACAAAUCCAUUGUGUUGGCCGCCGACGACAGUCUCAUCUCGUGGGGUCCGUCGCCUACAUAUGGCGAAUUGGGUUACGGCGAGAACAAAGCCAAGUCGUCGACUACACCGCAAGAAGUGAAGCCAAUGGAAGGCAUUUACACGCAUGACGUGGUCUGCGGGUUCGCCCACACGUUGAUUAUGGCCAGAGAUGACGGCGACCAGGAGAAGGAAGCCAUCGACAAACUGCCCGUUUGGCCCUAAAUCGUGGUCUCAAUUCUGUAUUUCAUUUAUAAACUAAACAAAACAUUUCAAACGGUUUUUGAUAUUUAAUUUAUUUUUGAUAUAACAGUUAAUUUAUAUUCAUUUUAUCGGUCGCUC